AGUUGUUUCCGCGCUUCGGCGCUGUCAUAUCCGAGGUAAUACAGGGAGGCUGGGGGAUUGCCUCGGCAGGAAUUUAGGAUGCCUGCACGGAAGGGCAAAGGAAAAGAAGCAAUGAGCGACUGGAUGUCACAGCUACCACCUGAACUUCACACCGUUGCGCUCUAUGAUCUGACCCUACCAGGAAGCCAUGACUCAAUGAGUUAUGACUUGGAUAUCAACUCCUCUAUAAUAGAACCUGAUGGACUAAGAAGGUUCAGCAAGAUUUAUUGUGUGCGUAAAAUAGUGCGCAAAUGGGCCAUCACUCAGGAAGCGACCAUCACAAAGCAACUGGAUGCAGGAGUUCGCUACUUGGACCUGAGGAUCGCACGCAAGCCAAAUGAUACCGAUCCCACAAGGCUUUACUUUUACCACGGGCUGUACACACGAACUGAUGUGGAGACUGUUCUCAAAGACAUAAAGGACUGGGCAGAGGGACAUCCGAAAGAAAUUGUCAUCCUAUCAUUAUCCAACUUUAAAGGGUUUGACAAAAAAAAUGAAAAGCAACUUCACACCCAUCUUCUCAACUUCAUCAAGACCUUGUUUGGAGCCAAACUCGUCUAUACGUGGGAAAAGCCCACCCUGAAGGGUUGCUGGGACCAAGGCAGAAACGUCAUAGUUUCAUACGACUAUCGAGCACAUAAGCACAAUGAUAUAUGGAAAAAAAUAAAUUAUUACUAUGGCAACAGUAUGGACCCUGCAAUAAUUGAAGCAAAACUCUGUCAAGUUCUGGAAAAGGAAAGGCCUGUGCAACAUUUCUUCGUAUGUGGCUUGAACCUGACGCUGCCACAUGACGCCAGGAUCCUCAAGUACGUCCUUCGCAUGUGCGACAACCUCGUCAACGUCAUACAGAGGAGUCUGCCGAAGCUGCUGCGAUGGGUGAAACAGCAGUCCUGCAAAACACCGAUGAACAUUGUUGCCUCAGACUUGGUGACUCGUAACAACUUUGUCUCGACGAUUGUUGAGCUCAAUUCGAAAAAGGCGAAAGCAUGAUGAAAACACUGCAGCACAAAGUGCUGUGUGCCAACGCUGAUGUAACAGAUUUACUGUUAUAUAUGUGACGGAGAGUGUUUUAGGAGUCUGGUUUGACUCAGGUCCAAUCUGAAUCCGCACUCUAACAGUCUGUCAAGUGCAUAAAAUGCUAUUAUGAGGUCUUUCUAUGAGUCCAUCUAUCUGUGGACUUUUCUGAAGGACUUGCACACAUAGACAGGCAUGGAUGGUGUACGGAAGUAUGGCAAGCUGUUUUCACAUCUAAUAGCUAGACUGGAACAUAUCUGUAAUUCACUUCUUCCUGGUCUAAAAGAACAUUUCAGAUAUCCACAAUGUCACACAGAAGUAAAUAUCAUCAUUGUGUAUUGGGUUUCUCAUGACAGAUACCCACAAUUCAGCUUCAGAUUGCAGAUAUCUGCGGCUGGAUUAUGACUAGUUGUGAUCUCAGUUUCAGAUAUCUGUUUAUCUGAUUCUGAAUAUGUAUAAUUUUGAUUCAAAAUGUCUUUAAUUCCUCGCAAGUCAAGAUAUCUGUAGUGUCCUUUUUCAGAUAUCUGAACUUAAAUUUGAAAUAGUUAGAAUGAUGCUGCAGAUAUCUUGAACUGGAAUUCUUCCUUGUCAAAAUGUAACUACAGAAAUCUUGAAUUCAAAUUUUGACUCGGCGAAAGAAUGCUGCCAGUAUGUGUAGUUAUGUCUAAUGCAACGGCAACAGGGAGGUGGAGCUUUUUAAACUUACUACGCAACCCAGUCCCACGGCAAUUCGUGAAAUAACGAAUUGCCGUGAGAUUGGGUUGUACUACGGUACUUCAACCACAAGCACAUUUGACAUAAGCUCUUUCUAUUUCAUGUCAUUUUCUAAUGAAAUGAAAUGAAAAAUACUUUAUUUAUCCCAGAAGGGAAAUUCAAUAAUGAUCUUAACCCUCCCAGCAGCUGCCUUUACUUCUGCUAACACUUUUCAAACACUUUGCUAGAUCAAUAUCCAACAGGAAGUCUUGUCUAAGUGGCAUAAUUUACAACAAUUGACGUCUGAGACGUCUACAACUAUUUUGAUUAGUCCAGCUACUAUGUGUUAAAAUCACUUGCCAUAAUCAAUGAUCCCUGUUCUAUUUUUAAUAACAUUUCUAGCCUUCACCAGCUCACACACUCAAGCUCUGAAGCUGUGCCGUCAGCUAAAUCUGUAAGAGUUGUGCUUGUGAACAUUUACUGUCUGUGAAUGUCAUCUCUAUUAUAGAUUCUAUCAUAUGAGUCCAUUCAAUAAAGUGAUGCAUACAUGCA